CCCUGAAGGCUUGGAAGUUGCCAGACUCCCAAAGGAAAAACUGGCGAGCUGGUGGUGGUGGCAAAGGCAGCUGCUCCCGAGGGGCCAGCUGGGCUCAACCAAAGUCCCUCAGAGGCCUGGCCAGGAGUCACCGGCAUCCUAGCCAUACACGCUCCCUUUCUGCUCCCGAGCCCGAGUAAGGGGCUCAGCAUUGGACAACCCCAAGAGGAGGAUCACUGAAGGGGGCUCCUUGGCUCCAGCAAACAAUUCAUCUUCAACUUCUGUGCUGCUGUGACCUUCAGCUCUCCUUGAGAGCUGCUUGAGGAGUUGUGACUUGCCCAGGAUCACAAAACUCGUGUGUGUCCGAGUCAGAAUUUGAGCCUCGAUCUUCUUGAAGCCAAGGCCACCCUUUACCAACUCUUCCACAGUGCCUUUCAGGGGCCUGCCCCAUAAUGGUGCAAGUGAGGCAAGAUGAACUGGACGGGCCUGUACGCCUUACUCAGUGGCGUGAACCGGCACUCCACGGCCAUUGGGCGCGUGUGGCUCUCGGUCAUCUUCAUCUUCCGGAUCAUGGUGCUGGUGGUGGCUGCCGAGAGCGUGUGGGGGGACGAGAAGUCCUCCUUCAUCUGCAACACCCUGCAGCCAGGCUGUAACAGCGUGUGCUACGACCACUUCUUCCCCAUCUCCCAUGUGCGCCUGUGGGCCCUGCAGCUCAUUCUGGUGUCCACGCCAGCUCUGCUCGUGGCCAUGCAUGUGGCCCACCAGCAGCACAUGGAGAAGAAGCUCUUGAGGCUUGAGGGCCAUGGAGACCCCCUGCACCUGGAAGAGGUCAAGCGUCACAAGGUGCACAUCUCGGGCACGCUGUGGUGGACCUACGUCAUCAGCGUGCUCUUCCGCCUGCUCUUCGAGGCCGUCUUCAUGUAUGUCUUCUAUCUGCUCUACCCAGGCUACGCCAUGGUCCGACUGGUCAAGUGUGACAGCUACCCUUGCCCCAAUGUGGUGGACUGCUUCGUGUCCAGGCCCACUGAGAAGACCGUCUUCACUGUCUUCAUGCUCGCCGCUUCAGGGAUCUGUAUUGUGCUCAAUGUGGCCGAGGUGGUGUACCUCAUCAUCCGGGCCUGUGCCCGGCGUUCCCAGCGCCGCUCCAACCCCCCCUCGCGCAAGGGCUCUGGAUUCGGCCACCGGCUGUCCCACGAGUGCAAGCAGAAUGAGAUCAACAAGCUGCUGAGUGACCAGGAUGGCUCCCUCAAAGACAUACUGCGGCGCAGCCCUGGCACCGGGGCCGGCCUGGCCGAGAAGAGUGACCGCUGUUCUGCCUGCUGAGGGCACAGUUGGUGCCACACCCACUGCCAGUCCUAGCCUUCAGUCACUCUGAGCCCCCUCAGCCUGCCGGGCCAGCCACAACAGAAGCACCCACCCCUUUCCCUCCAGCCCAGGGCACUCUGAGUCGGGGGCAGGGAAAGAGAAGGUGGAGUGAUGGUAUGGGACAGAUCUUGCCCCCUCCUCCCCAAGCUUAUGGGAGUGAAGGAGGGUGUAGUUCUUGCUGUUUCUCCCCCUUUCUAAUUCUUACUCCUCUCCCUGGGACCACUGGGUACUUCUGGGGUCAGGGGUGGAGGGGCUUUGCCAACACUUCCACUGAUGACACUAACCUUAACCCUGACAGCAUUUGGGGAUCCUGCCAGUAGGGUGGGGUGGGGAUUGUUGCUGGCACCUGGGAAGGGCUUGGAUGGCUGGGAAGAACAAGGCUCUGAUUCCAUCUGAUCAGCUGGGGGUGGGGGUUGGUCAGUACUACCUUUGGCUCUAGGGCCCUGGGCCUGGGUCUGCAAUGUUACACAUUAAACAGGAUUUUACAGUAAA